CACUGCAGCCCCAUCAUCUCAACCGCAGAUCAUGACUGGCAUGAUUCCCAUUAAUUAAAAAUAAAAAUUUCUUUUUUACGGCAUAUGUCUCUGCCCCUGGAUCUCCAAUUUCUUCCCCUCUACCUUCAUUUUCCUCCUCUCUUAUUUCCUGCUUCCUUAUCAAAUUUUUGAUCUUUGCAAAUCUCCACUGGUGUUCUUCCCAGAUCCCAAGUGCCCAAUGAAUCCCAUUCUCGUGUGCUAAUUUUGUCGAUUGCGUGAAGAAGCCCGUGUUUUCAAUUCAAGCACGUCAUGGUUAGGGUUAAAAUGGCAUCUUAUAGAACUGCCAUCGAUCGCGGAUUGCGCGAAAAAUCUCUUGAUUCACGAGCAAGUUAUGUUCUUUUAUAAGGCCCACCUCGAAUUUUUUUUCAUCCGGUAAGCAAAUUUUUAACCCCCUUUCGAUUUGCGCGACUGGGUGCGUAAAGGUAAAAGCAGAUUUCGAACCCUCUGUCGAUUCUCGCAACUGGGUGCAUAAACAUUUUUUCUUUCCAAGUUCGCAUCUGCAAUCGAAUCAUGAGUUCGAGAAAUGCCGGGGCUUUCCCCGAUGAAGUUGUUUUGCAAAUUCUCGCCAGAUUGCCCGUUAAGUCCCUCUUUAGAAGCAAGUCUGUGUGUAAACUGUGGUACAAAUUGUCUUCGGAUAGGUAUUUUAUUCAACUAUACAAUGAAGUGUCUGUGAAGACCCCAAUGGUGUUGGUGGAGGUUACUGAGUCCUUGGAAUCGAAAUCGAGUCUGAUUUGUGUGGACAAUUUGAGGGGUGUUUCUGAAUUUUCCUUGGAUUUCUUGAAGGAUAGAGUGAAGGUCAGAGCCUCAUGUAAUGGAUUGUUGUGUUGCUCUAGCAUUCCUGAUAAGGGUGUUUACUAUGUAUGUAAUCCGAUGACUAGAGAAUUUAAGUUGCUUCCAAAGAGUAGGGAAAGGCCUGUGACUAGAUUCCAUCCAGAUGGUGAAGCCACUUUGGUUGGUUUGGCAUGUAAUUUGUCUGCACAGAAAUUUAGUGUUGUGCUAGCAGGUUAUCACCGAUCUUUUGGUCAUCGGCCUGAUCAAACCUUUAUAUGUUUGGUGUUUGAUUCUGAGUCAAAUAAAUGGAGGAAGUUUGUGUCAUUACAAGAUGAUCAAUUUACCCAUAUGAAUAGGAACCAAGUUGUAUAUGUGAAUGGUUUGCUGCACUGGUUGACUGGAAGUUGUUCUUGGAUACUUGCACUCGAUUUGGAAUAUGACAUUUGGAGGAAGGUGGCACUUCCCGGGGAGGUGAGUUGUGCAUCUGGCAACAGAGUUUAUUUGUUGGAGUCAGAUGGGUGCUUGUCCAUUAUUCAGAUUUCAGAUGCUUGGAUGAAUAUUUGGAUGUUGAGGGACUACGAGAGGGAAAAAUGGCAUAUGGUGGACAAGGUGAGUCUUAGGUGCAUCAGAGGAAUGGUUCCUGGCAUUUUCCCUAUAAGUCAGACUGGUGAAUAUGUCUUCCUAGCAACCCAUAAGCAGAUACUCUUGUAUCAUCGAAAUAGCCGAGUCUGGAAGGAAAUGUACUCUGUCAAAAAUGGUUCUACUCUUCCAUUGUGGUUCUCAGCAUAUGCCUUUCGGAGCACAAUCUUCUCUAGUCAGUGAGAUUUGGACUGCAUUUGAUCAGCUUCUGUGCAUAAAUUUCUUUGUUGUAAUUUGUAAGUAUUGCUGCUCAUUGUGCUGGACGGCUGAUUUUUAUUGCUAUGUACAGUGACUUUGGCUUGUA